UGAUGUCAUGAUGAUCUUAUCAUAAUAAUCUGUGAUCUUAUUGGACGGAAUUGCCGAAUUGGCGCCAGAUUCCAUCAUUUCUCGGUUUUUUGUUUUCUCUAACUUAACACUCAGAAUUAGCUAGAAAUUAGCAAGAAUCGUACAUCAUGAUAGAUAUUGGUCAAUGGAGAGCUGUUAUUGGUGGCUGGAACUGCUGUAAGACGAGCGUUUCUACUAAAGUAGGAGGAUCCAGUGAAAGACAUUUAGAUCGUGCUGGCUUGUUGUUAGUGCUUGGGUCCUCCUUAAUUCUUGGUGCUCUGUUCAGAUUGUUUUUAUGUUCUCUCAUUCUGUUAUCUGGUGACGUUGAACUCAAUCCUGGCCCUACAAGAAAGUAUAAUAGAACAAAGGUCGAGGAUAUUGGAUCACUCAUUUUUGCUUGUAAGUCUAAAUCUAAUGAUAUUGGGCUAGUUCGUCAACUUGUGAAUGACAAACACUGCAAUGUUAAUGUGAAAGGGAAAGAUGGCUGUACACCAUUACAUCAUGCAUGUAGAAGUGGUCAUUUCGAAAUCGUAAAAAUUCUGACUAAUCAUCCGCAAUGUGACAUUGAAGCUGAAGACAAUUCUAAACACCGGCCAUUACACAAAGCAUGUGUAUCAGGAAAUAUAGACAUUGUACAUCACCUAGUGAUUGACAAACACUGUGAUGUUAAUGCUAAAGUAAAGAAUGUAGUACUGAAGCUGAAGACAAAUCCAAAUACAGACCACUACACAAAGCAUGUACGUCAGGGAAUGUAG